AUGCUCCAUUCCCGGCUACGACCACUGCCUCGCCGUGGUCCAACCACCCCCGCAGCACCACCACCAGACCUGCAAGACCAAGGCCAAGCUCCGGAAGAAGAUCCCGAAGACCUCUUCACAGCCUUCCUCCCUCAUCUCUUUCCGGACGAUGCACCGCCCUUCCAUGGUGAUCCGGGCCAGCACCUGCUGUACUCGUCGCCGCGCUAUGGGGACCUCGAAAUCGAGGUGCCGUCCUACCCCAGCCAGAGCGAGAAGCGCACCGAGGAGAUUGCCGCGGGCAUGAGACAGGAAGAUGGCGUGAACGAGGUAGAAAAUGCUCGCAAGCUGUUCGGCCAUUUUCUGUGGAGUGCGGCCAUGGUCGUGGCCGAGGGCGUGGAGAUCGCAGACUCGCCCGACGACGGGACUCCCACGCAGCAAGAAGCGCGCGAGAUCUGGGGUGUUCGGGAUGAGAGUGUGUUGGAGCUCGGUGCUGGCACCGCCCUCCCCUCGCUCAUCUGCGCUUUAUCAAAUGCCAAAGCCGUCGCCGCAACCGACCACCCCUCCUCGCCCGCCCUCCCAAACACCAUCGCCUUCAACAUAAACCACAAUCUGCGCACCCGCUCCACAACCUCAACAGUCUCCAUCCAGCCCCACGAAUGGGGGGUACUAGACGACAGCUUCUCGCAAAGCAAGCGGGGCACAUUCACGCGGAUCAUCGCAGCCGACUGCUUCUGGAUGCGCGAGCAACACGCCAAUCUAGCACAGACAUUGCAAUGGUUCCUGGCACCCGGCGGCAAGGUGCUGGUCGUUGCAGGCUUCCACACGGGCCGCGCCAUCGUGGCCGGGUUCUUUGAGACGGUGGUCGAGAACGGGUUCGAGAUUGAGCGCAUCUAUGAGCGGGAUCUGGUCGAGCGGAUGGAGAGUGGACAGGAGAUUCGCCGGGAGUGGGUGUCUGUCCGCGAGGACGAGGGACCAGAGAACCGGCGACGGUGGUGUGUCAUUGCAGUGUUGAAGCGCAAGCCAUAG